AGUGAACACGCUGAAGUGUUUGGCCACAGGUCUAAUAGGUAAAACCAUGCGAUAUCUCAAACCCCGAAAUUCACAGAAAGGCAGAACAUGGAGACUGUUUAGCCAACCAUUAAAUACAUCGUACAUCGCGUCCAAUGCAUGUAUAAACCGGCAAUAUACUGCCUGCCUUUCUGUAGUCCUUGUGCAUCUAUGUGUAUUGGCAGGUUUACUGAGCGAAGCGAACGUCCUAGAUCAUACCUAACCUUUCAAGUAAAACACGGCGAGCCUUGUUCGCGUCGAUGGAUAACUCAACACCAAAGGUACCGGGCCCCAAACGGCUCACAUUCGGGGUCGAGUUGGAGUUCAUGGUUCCUUGGCUAUACCCGGAGGCGGAGGACCCCCUCGCUGAUAUUGAAGGCCUGCCCCCUGUCCUGAGGGUAGUAAACACUCCAGUUACCCGCAGCUACGAGGCAGAGAAUGAAGUUCGAGAUAUCAUCAAGAAGCUUCUAGAGAAACACGGGUUAAAGCGCGACGUUCGGGCGCUCCGAUAUAGCAGCGCCGCCGAGGAGGCCGCCCUCGCUAGAUAUGCGAACUGGGAAGUUACAGGCGACGCGACGGUCAACGAGCCGCUGUAUGACAAUAAGCACGAGUGGGUAACGAAGUACGGCUGGGUCGACGUCGAGAUCCAGAGCCCCGUUGAGCCCGACAUCCCGGUGGCCUUCCGGAUUAUCCAGUGGGUCUGCGGGCUGCUCACCAGCACCUAUCGGAUGCGCGUCAACCCUUCGUGCGGCCUGCACGUCCACGUAGGACGGGGCGCGGAGCGGUUCUCUCUCACCGAAAUGCGGCGUAUCUCGUCGCUGGUGUGGGCAGCGGAGCCGCUGCUCGCCACACUCAACGACCCCGCGCGGCAGGGGAACCGGCACACCCUCGCGCUGCGCGACCGAAGCGCCAUGGCGACGGGCGAGCCGCUAGCCCUAGAGCACGAUGCACCGCCAGGGCCUGGAGACGGCCAGGAGCGCGCCUCGCUGUGCGCCCGGUACCUCGCCCAGGACGUGAGGCACGGGGAACAGCCCGUCUCCUGGCGGUACGAGAACCGCGAUGAGGACCAGGUCCUCGCCUUCGAGCGGACCCGGCGCGCCGGCUGCUGGGGGCCGUUCUACUACGACCCGGACCGCGAAAACGACGACGGCGAGGGUCGAGAACCGGUGCUGCCCGACGACCCAGACGUCGACGAGCCGCGCAAAGGCGAGUCGGUCCUCGACGCCGCCAUCGAGGCCAGGGUCGCGAAGGCGGCAGAAGCCUCCGGCGCCUCCUGGGUGGUCCCCGGGGCCUUCCCGCCGUGGGAACAGGUGCGCGAGCGGACGAUCCCGCGGAUCCGGCUGCCGCGGCGAACAGCAGCGCAGCGCCAGGCGCUGGCGGCGCAGCUCGCGCCGUACGGGUGCGCGGACCCGGGGCCGGAGGUGGCGAGGCGGGGGGCGGACCCGGGAGUGUGGGCGGGCGUAGCGCUACUCCAGAGCUGCGCGAGCAGCUGCGAGGUGGCGGCGCGGAUGCGGACGGCGGGGUCGCGCGGGACGGUGGACUUUGGGGCGUACGCAUGCGACGCGGUGCGGGCGGGGCGGCGGCCGACGAUCGAGUUCCGCGGCGCGGAGGGCGUGCUGGGGCCGUGGGCCGCGACGUGGGCGGCGAUCUGCGUCGGCCUCGUGCGCUUCGCCGUCGGCGCGCCCCCCGACGAGUUCCUCGCCGUCGUCGACCGCUGCGCCCGCGCCGCGCCCCCCGACCUGCUCGCCUACGACGCCGUCGACCUCCUCGACGACCUCGCUUUGUUCGCCGAGGCCGAGCUCGCCGAGCGCCGCGUCCGCGCAAAUCGGAGGCGCUGGGGCUUGGAGUGGGUUAAGAGGGAGGAGGGAGGAGGAAAGUAAAGCGAAAUCUUAGGGUGGGACUUCGGGAGACGGCGCGGCGGGUUAGGUAGGUGGCAUGCGCCUCUGUGUCAGCGGCACGGCGUUCACUGUGCUUUCGUUGUUUCCCUCAGGCAGCUCUGCGACUCUGCGGUCCAGCGUUGAACAAGAGAUUGUCCCCAAAGACGCCGUUGUCGACAUUGCGCGACAUAGAGAGUGGUGAGAUGGAAACGGAAACUCCCUAUCGACCCAGACGCCUCCCCCGUCUGCCAAUCCAGUCCCUGCGUUGCUACGGCUCAAGGAUCUUCUUGUACUCCCUCAGGACCGUGCGGUAGGUAAGACGGUGG